UGUUUUCGGACACCCCGCCCCCUCCACACGUGUGUCCGAAAACUUUUUAGAAGACAGUAUAAAGUAACUCUGCUUGCAGUUUAUGAAUCUUAACUGUAACAGUUACCAGUUUCAGUAUAUGUCGGCGUUGUAAAACUAUAGUACGUCUGCUUCUAGAAUCACGGAACAUAAGAUGGCGGACCAUUCAGAACGCGACGAAUUUACCGAGCUGCCGGAUCUAAGCGAAUUUCUCCGGGAGGAUCCCUACUUAGUGCCCUACCAAGAAGACUUAUGUCGCAGGUACCAGUUGUUCACUGAGAGGUUGUCUAAGUUGGAGGAGGCUGAGGGGAGUUUUGAUGACUUCACUAGGAGUUACAUGUCCUAUGGUGUCCAGAGACAGGCUAAUAACAGCCUGAUGUUCAAAGAGUGGGCUCCGGGAGCUCAGGCCUUGUUCCUCACUGGGGACUUCAAUGACUGGAACAGUACAUCCCACCCCUACACUAAGAAAGAGUAUGGUAAAUGGGAACUUUACCUUCCUCCUAAAAGAAACAAGGCACCUGCCAUUGAACAUGAGACCAAACUCAAGCUAGUGGUACUGACGUCAGAAGGGGAGGAGUUAUUCCGUAUCUCUCCGUGGGCCAAAUACUGUCACAAACAUGUGGACUCCAACACCUACGACUGGAUACACUGGGACCCUAUUAGGCCUUUCCUGCACCAACACACCCGUCCUAAGCGUCCCAGGUCUCUGCGUAUAUACGAAGCUCACGUUGGCAUCGCCUCACCUGCGGAAGAGAUCGCCACCUACACCAACUUCACCCUCAACGUCCUGCCCAAAAUCAAAGACCUGGGUUAUAACUGUGUCCAGUUGAUGGCCAUCAUGGAGCAUGCGUACUACGGCAGCUUUGGAUACCAGGUCACCAACUUCUUCGCUGCCUCCAGUCGGUUCGGCACCCCUGAGGACCUGAAGAGGUUGGUGGACACCGCCCACUCUUUGGGGAUCACCGUCCUAUUGGAUGUGGUACAUAGCCACGCCUCCAGUAACACGGCUGACGGGCUGAAUAAGUUUGACGGGACAGACUCCUGCUUCUUUCACUCUGGGCCUCGGGGACACCAUCCACAGUGGGGCUCACGCCUCUUCAACUACCAGAGUUGGGAGGUGUUGAGGUUCCUGCUGUCUAAUCUCAGAUGGUGGAUGGAGGAGUAUCGCUUCGAUGGCUUCAGGUUCGACGGCGUCUCAUCCAUGCUCUACCACCACCACGGCAUUGCCAUGUCUUUCUCUGGUGGUUACAGUGAGUACUUUGGGAUGCAGGUUGAUGAGGACUCGAUCAUACAUCUGAUGCUUUCCAACCACAUCCUACACACACUCUACCCCGACUGCAUUACCAUCGCAGAGGAUGUAUCAGGAAUGCCAGGGUUGUGUAAACCAGUGAAGAAUGGAGGACUUGGCUUUGACUACAGACUCAACAUGGCUGUACCUGACAAGUGGAUCCAGAUACUGAAGGAGUUAAAGGAUGAGGAAUGGGACAUGGGGAAUAUCGUCUACACGCUGACCAAUAGGAGGAAGGGCGAAGGAAGCAUCGGCUAUUCUGAGAGCCACGACCAGGCUCUGGUAGGUGAUAAGUCCCUGGCCUUCUGGCUGAUGGAUAAAGAGAUGUACACCAACAUGAGUUCCCUGAUCCCCAUGACUCCCGUCAUCGACCGAGGCAUCCAGCUACAUAAGAUGAUCCGCCUCCUCACACACGCUCUGGGGGGAGAGGGCUACCUCAACUUCAUGGGUAAUGAGUUUGGCCACCCAGAUUGGCUGGACUUCCCCAGGAAGGGUAAUGGCGAGAGUUAUCAGUAUGCCCGUCGUCAGUACAACCUGUUAGACCCUGACAACAACCUACGCUAUACACAGCUUUACGCUUUUGACAGAGACAUGAACCUCACGGAGGACAAAUAUGGAUGGCUGGCCUCCCAGAAGGUGUUGAUGACCACAGCGGACGAGAAGGACAAAGUGAUCGUGUUUGAAAGAGCCAACGUUAUGUUUGUUUUCAACUUCCACCCCAGUAACAGCUACAGUGACUACCGCAUAGCAGCUGGCCCGAACGGGAAAUAUCGUAUCAAGCUGGACAGUGAUGCUGAGCAGUAUGGGGGACAUGGUCGACUGGACACAGACACAGAGUUCUUCACCGAACAGGAACCAUUUAAAGGCGUGAACGACCAAUGGCAGCCACACUCUUUGAAGAUCUACAUUCCCUGCCGGACAGCGCUGGUUCUGGCCAAUGAGGAGCUAGAUUACUGUUACUAAGGAAGAGGGGUUGAGGGCUCCUGGUCGUUGGAUGUGUCCCGUAAUAACCUGAUACUACCAGAGGGGAGAGGAUGUCGAUCAGAAAGACCUACUGUACACACACACACAUACACACACACACACACACACAUACACACACACACGCACAUACACACACGCACACACACACACACACUGAAUCAUUGUGUUGCAUGUUCAGCUAGUCUAGAACUAAAUAGUUUGCAGAGGCACCGGCUGACUUUUUCACUGCAGUUUAAUAGACCUCGUCUUCCACACACAAAAAGUCAAGGCCAUUUUAGUCAUAUCUGAUAUUAGUUUUACACAAGUUGACUUCAGCCUUAUGAGUAAAAGAAAGGGACACAAAGUCAGAUUUUAUGUUACAGACUUCCAUGUGUUAGUUUAUAAUACACUUUUCACUGUGUUUUGAACACUGUUUGUGCAGUAGGAACACGAUGGGAUCUGUCUCAAUGGCACCCUAUUCCCUUCUAAUGGGGAUUCCGGUCAACUGUAGAGCGCUAUGUAGGGACACAGGGAGCUAUUUGUGCCCCUUUUUUUGUUUAGGUGUCUGUUAGUUUACUGUUUUAGAGGGAGGACACAGAAACGCAGCUGUCAAAACAGUGUUUAGGGUAAUAAUCUGUUACUGUAUUGUGAAUGUGAAUGUCUUAACAGUAUAUUACGGCAGACUGGGAAUUUAAAUUAAAUAUAACUUGUACUGUGAUAGAUGAAUGA